AUGAUUUCCAAUUCGCUCUCAGAGAAUGUGGCUGCUUUUGUCUCUCACAAAGUCCAUCAAACAUUCAAAUUAAAUCCGAGUCUUUCUCAAAAAAAGGAUUCCUUGACUCUUGUGAAGAACAUCAUGAUGAAUAUUAUUAAAAACUUUUUUGAUGAAAAGUAUCGGAAAAUCAAAAUGUCCAACCAAAAGUUUUCGGAAAAGAUCAUUUAUGUACCUGGAGCCUUUGAUUUAUUGCUUCAUUCAGGAUUUAGAACGGAUGGAGAGAAUGCUUAUUUGCCAAUGGAUGUAAAAGUGGAAGUAUUGGAUUUGGUUCUUUCAAUUAUUGAGGGAUAUGAACAAGGAAAAUUUGUAGUGAGCACGGAAAAGAGCUCAGCACUCAACUCUGUAGAAUCCACACUUAAAUUGAACGAUUUGAUUAAUGCCUCUGAAAAAUUAAAGAGUGAUCCAUCGAACAUUGAAUAUCGAUUGGCAUAUGCAAAAGCAGCUGAAGAUGUAAAGCAAACAGACCUCUAUGAUUAUUGCAUUCGAAUGUUGACAGAGUCUAUUGAAAAUAUUGUAACGAACAAAAUUCGUGACGAUCUGUCAGUGUACAAAUUGUAUUAUCGAAUUGCGUCACUACAUUACUCGAAAGGAAAUUUAGAGACAAGCUUGUCAAACGUACAGUUGUGCGAGCAGUUGAUGACACAAUGCAAUGAUAGUGUUUUUACCGAUACUGACCAUGGCUUGCUUCAUCAUCUUUGUGCUUGCAUUUAUGCAACCAAAAAACAAAUCCCAGAAGCAGUAGCAGAGUUUGAUAAGGCACUGAAAUAUAAUUAUGAUUUGAGAGAUAAUACGUUGAGACAAAAAGGAAACACAUUAGCAACACACUAUCUAGACACUUUCAUGAAGGAUAACACCAAAUUUGAUGAAUGUGUGAAAGGUCUGCUCAAUUUAUUGGACACUGAAUGUCCUGGUCAUGAACAUGUGUUACUUGUAUUGGGAAUCAUUCAUCAUAGAAACGGUAGUGUUGAAGGUGCUAUUAAAUACUACAAUGAGUUGUUGGAAAGGCCAGACCGAGAUGUGGAUGGUGUCAUGCAAUCCAAGGUAAGUUAA